AGAAUCACUCUCGGAGAUACUCGUUCAUCUGAGUCACGUUAAAGAUUCGUUCAAAAACAAACAAAAAAAAAAAAACAAUCGUUCACGAACGACCCAUCGCUAGUAUACUGCGCGCGACCGGAGAAACGCAGGAGACCGUGAGCACGUGCUCCGCUCGAGUUCGAGGGGCUUUUGAAGAAGAUCAACGUUCAACUUCAAAGGAAGUUCGCCGCGCUCAGAGUUCUAAAAACUCUUUAUUUUGAUCGCAGCACCGCUUUGUGUCUUUGAUCUCGUUUUUAGGUCUUGGAGAAUAGUUUCACUUGCUCUGACUCCCCACGUGACUGCUUUCCCUUGGGGUUUUUGCUUGUUUGUCACGGGAGCGAGGCUGCUUAAUCCUCUGAACUGCCAUCUCGUUUGGAGGUCCUUGCCUUUAAUACCCACGUGUGUCCUCACUGAGAGCCUGACUGUGUGUGGAGACUCGGAGGAUCCAGAUCCUUUAAAUCUGUACUGAAAUCUUUAACCACUCCACAGGAACCUCACAGACAUCAUGAAUCUCCUGUAUAUUUGUAUCUUCUGUGCCGCUGCCUGUGUGGACUCCAUCAGUGCAGUUCCUCACAUUACUGUAUCAGCUCCAGUUGGUUCCACAGUCGUCCUGCCGUGUAAACUGACUGACGUUUCCACCCAAACACCACACGUCCUGUGGCGCACCGAUGAUGAGGUUGUGUUUGAGAGAAGCAGUGACGGUACGGAUGUGGGUGAAGGAUAUAAGGAGCGUGUGGACGUUCCUAAGGACGAGCUGCAUAAAGGAAACUGUUCCCUGGUGUUGAAGGACGUCAGACUCACUGAUGAUGGUGACUACAGAAGCUUUGUGCUGGGACACGUGGACAGAACGAACACUAACAAACGGAAAGAAAUCUGCAGGGUUACACUAUCAGUCAACAAACCUAAAGUACAUCCAGAUAAAAAGUCCGCUCCCGUAGCUAAAGUGAGAUCAGAUAAAACGCCGGCUCCUGCAGGUGAGUGAGUAAUAAACGAGUUCGAGUGUGUGUUUUGUUGUACAGCUCACUGAUGGAAAUGUCACACACAGUCAUGUGAUUAUGUAAGAGAAGACACGUGAAAGACAAUGAAAUGACAUCAUGGGUGUUAGAAAAUGUUACACACUGAAUUUACACACAUGCGUAAUAUUUGAUAAAUAAACACACAUUAUAACACACAUCGUCAGGGUCUAUACAGAGUAUAAGACUAAGAAUAGAUAAGAAAUAUCUAUUUUAGGAAAGCAUGAAGUACAGUGGGUAUAGAAAAGACACCGCUUUUAAAGUAACCUUUACAUUUUUUACAUCAUUGAGAGUAAACUGUUUAAAACAAUGAUUUUCUGUCUCUGCAGAUAUCAUCGUAAGGAACAUGAAUAUUUACGCAUGGCUUCUGUCCAUUUUUCCUGUAUUGUUAUUGUUUUUGUUACUUGGUUUUGGAGUGAGAAAGUUGUUAAAAAAAAAAAAAGUUGUUGUGUGAAAUACUACGGGACGUAACGGCCUCUAGUUGUAUUUCCCGGUUAAGGCAAAGACUGUUCCAGACGUUCACAUUCAGCUUAACCUUUUUGAGCCUUGCAACUAUUUUGUACAAGAAUUGUAAAGAACAAUUAUUACUUUUUGGAGAAAUAAUUGCUGCAAAAUAAUGUGUUUUAUUGUGUACAAUUAUACAGCAGUUAGUUCUGACUGAUUGGACGAGAAGCAUUCCAUGUGAGGAGAUAAUAGUCGAUAGCACUGGGACGUUUAAUUACAUCCAUUCCAGAUGUUCUCCAGAGGUUAAUGACACUAACCGUGUGUCUCGGCGUGGGUGAGAGUAGGUCUGUACGUUCGGCAGUACUGAGGAGAGAGCAGCUACCUGACAAAACCCACAUUCACAACCAGUCACAGAAGCACUUUCAGCAAGAACACACACUCUUUGUUCUAACUUGCUGUCCAUGAUAAAAUAGCAGAUGUGGUAACGCACGUGGUCAGAGUAGCACCAGGCGUACAUAGGGCGAUGUCUUUUGGCACACUGACUUUUUAAAGUUCCCUGCAGCCUUGUGUUGCAAAACAUGUGGCUGUGUGUUGGUGUGUUGUCUCUACAUUUUUUGAUACCACCUCAUAUUUAGGGAUCAGUGCUAAUAUGCAGUGCUGAUGUCUAAUACAGCACCAGACCUUAAGCACUUUAUUGCUUAAUUAAUAUGCACAGUGACAUCCUGCCUGUAGUUCACUUUUGUAAUUUAAUCCGAAACUCUAAUAUAUGGAUUUAGAGCUUAUCAUUUUUUAAAUAUAUGUUUUCUUUGUAUGGUAGCAUAAUAGUGGUGUUGUUAAACAAGUGGGGAAUUUUUUUUUGGGCAUAUUGUUAGCAUUAUAAUAAAAAAUUCUGGGUUCUAUAUUAAACCUCAUUCUAAUUUGUGUCUGUAAGGUUCUAGCAUUAAGGCACCAGUGUUCAGAGUCUACUGUACAAUCGAGAGCCAAUCAGCCUUUAACUAACGAUUCUGAGACUGAGAUUUGACAUUUUUAAACCUCACAACUUUUUUUACAAUGAUUGUAAAGAACACUGAUACAGUUUUGUUUUCACAAAAUGCUUGUUGUAAAAUACUGUUUUUAGUUUUAUAAAAUAUGUUUUGUCUGUACUGUAAAUAUG